UGUUCUUAGUUAAAUAUGAAGUGUCCUUUCAUCACAGGCUAUUUUGUUUUUACAGGAUCAGGCACAAAGAAGUCUCUGCUUCCAGAAGACUCUAAUGCUACCCGAACAGGGAGCAUCCCACAGGUGCCUCUCAGCCACACAAAUGAGUCCUCUACCUCGCCCAGGAAACCGUCGUCAACAACUCCAGUUUCCUCAAAGAACGUAACAGCCACCACCUUGAAACCCACAGCAAAAUCAUCAGUUCCAGUUUCUUCAAAGAACAAGACAGCCACCACCUCGAAACCCACAACAACGUCUAAAAUGACACCACCAGCGAUCCCAACAAACAAGACUUCUACCCCUGCAAGGUCUACACCCAAGAUAACAAGUGCUUCGCACAACACUUCCCAGAUGUCCACAUCCACAGCGACCACAGCCCACAACAGUUCAGUGACUUCUGUUUCUUCACCUGUAACAAUCACAGGAACUAUUAAUUCUAAGGAAAACAAGGGAUCCAGAUUCGAUACCGGCAGCUUUGUUGGUGGUAUUGUACUAACACUGGGAGUUUUAUCUUUUCUUUACAUUGGAUGCAAAGUGUAUUAUUCAAGAAGAGGCAUUCGGUAUAGAACCAUUGAUGAACACGACGCCAUCAUUUAAAGGUUCCAAGGACCAACGGAAAGAAGAAAGACUGAAGCAGCCCAAUUGGUUUUGGUUUAUUAUUAGUUUAAAACAGGAUUCUCUUCUUGAAAAUAGCAUACACAGGCCAUGCAUAUAAUGUACAAUGUAUUAUAUAAGUAUGUGUAAAGAUUCCUCAUGAUUACUGAAGGUAAAAAGGGUUUGGUUCGGGGUUUUUUAGUGGCCAUAUGGACCGUACAGUUAAUGCAGUGGUUAGAACCACUUUUAGAAAAUACACAGCAAGACAAGGCCCGUCCCCUUGUUUUGCGGCAUUAGUUGCACAGGCCAGUGAUUAGACGACAUCGUCACCAAAGGGCGGGAUGCCAUCUGGUCGUACAGGGAGCUUGUCGCCGCACUCAGGGUGGUGCCGCCUUUGUUGCUCAAAGAACUUCAGUGCUCGUAAGAGCUGGGUUUAUCCUAGUUACUAAAGUCACAGAGCGGAAUUUAUACAAAUAAGCCAAAUCUUAAGUGUAACUUUAGCUUAGGUGUCUCUUCUUCAGAAAACAUCAAUGUUUCGUAAGUUUAAAGCUUAGUUACUUGGUUUAGAAACAAAACACACACCCUCCCCCACCAAAAAAAAAAA